AUGGCUGUCAUCUGCGUGAUUAUCGCAUCGUUUGUUUUAGCUGGAGUGCCGACCAUUGCACAGAACCCAACGGUUUCAGAAGCUAUCGUCAUCGAGGCUCGUGGUGGUGAUAAUGUGACUUUUCCAUGUGAUCAAGUUCUACCAACACCAGCUCCUGACUUUCCUAUUGCUCUCUAUGUUCUGCAAUGGAAACGCCAAGGUACCGCGCUGCCAUUGUAUGUUAUCUUUGACUCCACGGACCCUAUCAUUAACCCCGCCUAUGAGAGGCGUGUCUCUCUGGUGGAGGGCGGGGCAUCGCUGCUCAUGGCCAAUGUGACCGCUGCUGACGCCGGUAUCUACGAGUGCCAGCUCAUCGUGUUGGGGGAAGAGUCGACCAUCGGAAAUGGAACUUUUGUAAACUUGACCAUUUUAGGUCCCCCCAAAUUCAACUCAACCCCUCCUGAUCAUGUGGUAUACCAAGAAGACAGUGAAGCAUCCCUCCAGUGUAGAGCUAAUGGGGUGCCCUUCCCUGUAGUCAAAUGGAAGAGGCAGGGUGAGCUUAUUACAUCCAAUAGCCGUAUCACUGUGGCGGGUGAUACCAUUACAAUAAAGAGGGUUGUCAGAAGUGAUGUCGGCACGUAUACCUGCGUGGCUGAAAACGGUGAAGGCUAUGUCACCAAUGAUACAAGAUUUGUUGUCGAAGGACCACCAUACAUCUUUGUCCCACCUGAAGAUACGUCAGUGACCCUCGGACAGUCAGCUACCCUUACCUGUGAGGCCCUAGCUUCUCCUGAUAACCUCACUCAACAAUGGUUCUAUGAAGGCCUUCUAGUUCAGAAUGUUGAGCAGCUUAAUCAGAGAGUUGAGGUUAAUGCUGCUGGAGAGCUCUUAAUAAGGGGUACACAGAGGGAAGAUAGGGGUAUAUAUUCAUGCACCCCUACCAAUGGUAUAGGGAUCCCACCCACUGCUAGUGCCUUUUUAGAUGUGCAAUAUGCUGCCCAAGUCGUUUCCAUGCCAACCAUAGUGUAUGCAACUCAUGGAGAGGAUGCGAUCAUCCCAUGUAAUACCAGCGCCAACCCCGCCCUUCUUUACGCCAUAUGGAGAAAAGAUGAGGCGGAAAUUCGAAUCACUCAAACGAGCAGGUAUUCAACAAGUGAAGAAGGGUCAUUGAUAAUAGAGGAAGCAACUCUUAAUGAUCAAGGAUCAUAUACCUGUACACCUUACAAUGAUCUAGGUACUGCUGGCCAAUCAACACCAACAAGUCUUAUUGUAAUCGAUCCACCAGAAUUCAGCGUUCAACCAGAGGCAAUGUAUGAGAAAUCAAUUGAUGAUUCUGUGUCUAUGCCGUGUAAUGUUAUAGAGAAUACAGUGGAAACCAGACUUACAUGGAGAAAGGUAAAUGGAGAAUUGUCUAUCCGAGCGGUCAUCACAGAGAAUGGUCUGGACAUUGUGAAGAUCAGUAAAGAUGACCAUGGAACCUACGAAUGUGUGGCAACAAAUCAGGUUGCUACGGUGAUAGCAUCAGCAGAUUUAGUUGUCUCUCCUACAAGCCCGCAUACUCCUACCAAUGUUGCCGUGGUAACCAGCUCCACAUCAGCAUACAUCUCUUGGGAGUCUGGUUAUGAUGGAGGAAGGACACAAACAUUCGCUAUCAGAUAUCGACAGAUGGGGACCUCUUCAGACCUUUGGACAACUAUUCAUUCUAUACCUGCUACAUAUAUAUCAAUGUUAAUAUACAAUCUCAUGCCAAGUACUCUCUAUGAGUUCACUGUAACGGCUAGUAAUGAUCUAGGUGGGAGUGAACCAAGUGAAACAGUUACUGCAACUACCAAAGAUCCAGAUAGCUUUGUUCAUCCAACUGAUUCUACAGGUGCUACCAUAGUCCCGUUACCAGAAGAUAUCAAACCAUCCCCUCCUGAGAACGUAACCUUGACCACUGAUAAAGAUGGUCUGUAUCUCUCCUGGCUUCCUCCUUCACACUGGUCAGACUAUGUUGACCAUUACGCCAUUGAGUAUCGCAUCAUUGGACCAUGGCUUAUACUAGAAGAUAGGAUCAGCGUAGAUACCACAAGGGUGCUUCUCAGGAAUCUUCAACCCAAUAAGACCUAUCAUUUCCGUGUGUUUGCAUUCACUGUAGCAACCUUCAGUGAUCCAAGUCUGAUCGUAGAGGGAGACACUCGAGAUCUUGGUGUGUAUAUCCCAACCCCAACGUUCCAGCCGAGAUCAUCGACCCCAGGAAUCAUUGCAGGGGUGAUCGGCGGUCUCUGUUUUCUCCUCAUCGCCCUCCUCCUCUUCACCAUGGCUAUCAUUAUCUCUCAUCGAAAGAAAGAGAAGAAGAAGCGAUAUUUCUUUAGUGGUCAGGUGGAAUCCCAAACCCAUACUGCUCCUAAUAACACAAACACUGCUGAACCAAGGCCUAGUGCCAUCCAGAAGAGCCUUACCAAAUUAAAAAUCAAACUCAGCCCCAAACCGAACCGCGCCUCCCCAUCCCUCUCCGAUCCCUCUGCAACCACUAACGGCAGCGCCAACGGCCACCAGACCACCGCCACCCUCAGACCCCAGAAACGUUCCCUCAGAGAUCGCAUCCUUAGCCGAUCGAUGGACCCACGAUCAGCCAGCUACAGGGUGGAGUCUGAGAGAGAGGAGGAAGUGAUACCAACGGUCAGUCGUCGGUUGGACUACGGCCAUUCUUCAGUCACAUCGUCCAGAAUGGUUGGUAGUGAUGGAGAUGUGAAUGAUAUCACCUUGAUACCAACAAAUAGCAGAGAAAACUCAGAACAAAAUGGCUUCCUACAAGAGCUUCAUCAACAACACCGGCUACAGCAUGGUUCAGAGACUAGCUUUCCAAGUACCUCUAGUGGUCGAGAGGAUCAACCUCUCACCAACUCAGCGCUAGGAGGACAACGACGUCAUGAACGGGGUGACUAUGUUUACUAUCAUGGACAGAUGUUAUUGAGUGCUAUGAGCUCAGAUGAUGAUUUACGUGGGAGUAGAGAGGGUACAGUCAGCAGAGAUGGAGCAAUGAGGCAGCCCGGUGAUUGGGGAUCACAAACAUUGCAGACAUUUGGACAGAAGACACCUCCAAGGUAUACUCAUGCUCCGGAUAAUCCACAAAAACAAGCAGGAAAGACACAGGAUACUUCACUAUGGACAGAGGAUAUGAGUGAGAUUGGACCAAAUCCUGUGAUAGAUCGUCAAAUGCAUAGACAUAGUACACGGAAGGAUCUUCAAGCUGCUAGGGUGUCCAUACAGAAUUACUCCACCGAUGUGCCAAGGAUGCGGAGUUUAUCGCCCAGUGCAUUAGAUAGUAUGAGUACGAUAGCGGGAUCAGUUAGCGGUCGCAGUAUCACACCAACACCUAUGGAAUUCCAGGAGUACCCUACUGGUGCAUCCUAUGAGUACUCCUCUCAGCAGCAGCCUUCGCCAGAAGUGCCACACCCUCGAAAGGCUUCACCUUACAAGGACAUGAUACGAGCAAGUGCAGAUGUGUACAGUGAUCCCAGCAUUGUGUCGGUUAGCCCACUAGGUUCACGGGACUUCACAUCGGCAGGUUAUCAGAGUCCGUAUGACACAGAUGUGCAGUCAUCACGCUUUAGCUCCUAUGUUCACAGUGAUGUUUUCUCUCCAUCUUCUGGUGAUAGGACGUUCAGGUACCCUGAUGAUGGGUAUGAUGCAUCUCAAGAUGUCAGCAAUUAUCAAAGAACUCAAAGCAAAGAAGAUAUAGAUGUCAGGUUGGAGGAUAGCUCAGGUCGAAGGUCAAUGUCACCAAGGUCAGUGACUCCAAGGUCGAUGACUCCAAGGUCGAUGACCCCUAGGUCGAUGACCCCUAGAGCAAAGUCACCAAGGUCAUCACAUUGGAGAUCACCUUCAACUCAAAGUUAUGCAAGUACUUUGGAAGAUCCACCAUCUCAACUUGAGGAUACCCUAAGACCUCAAACCAUCUCUCCAAUUACGGCUCAGAAUGAUCUCAAUCGAUCACAAGCUCUAUCACCUUCAGUCAUCAACAAUAGCCAUGAGAGCUUCGCGUCUAUAGAGGGCGGGCGAGAUCAGAGCCUUGUAGGUCCUCUCCCAAGCUUUGCACCACGUAGAACACUAUCACCAAUUAGUCAACACUCAUUGAGUAGUGGAUACGGGAGCCGCAACACGUCACAGAGCACAACCAACACGUCAUCCAUUCGUGGGAGGCGAAGCUUUCCUAGCAUGGAGGAAGUUCAAGAAGAGCGUGAAGAUACGCAGAGUCCUGUCUCAGACACAAAAAGAGAUGACUCAACGGAUGAGAACUACGAGUUUGACAAGGGGCUUGACACGGAACUAAUGGAAGCCUUGAAGCGGUAUUAUGAACCUGAAAAGAUUAUCGUUGAUGACGAGAAUGGGGAAGACGUUAAGCCGGAAAAGCUUGAAAAUGCUGAGAAACGUUGUGAGGAGCUCAAGAAAGAGUUUGAGGAGUAUCGUAAGAAACAAGCUCUUAUUGAGGAUGUAAAGAAUGAAGCGAUAGCGGACAUUGCAAGAGAAGUGUACAAGCCUCCAAAGCUUACAUCCACUGUAUGACCCAACACACCCAUAGGUGCUCUAUGAAGCAAUAUGAUAGAGUUUAUAUUUGUAUUUCAGCUUGAAUCAUGUCUUUCUGAUCAUGCUUUUGG